AUGGGACCAACAGGGACACAGUGUGACGAGAAGCGCCCACAAUGCAGCCAUUGCAAUAGACAUAAUAUAAAAUGUGAAUACCCAUCAUUGGCCACUAGAAACUAUGACCCGACACAUUCUAAGAGGUCAAAUGUCCCUUUGCAUCGGCAGCAUGAGAGCCCCCGGCCUGAAAUCGCGCCACAUGGCGGACUGGCAGUUCUUCAAAUGCGUCUCAUGCAUCAUUGGGUAACAUCAACGGCAGCGACUAUGAGUUCCGCGCAAAUCCCGGCCGUUCACCGGGUAUGGACUGUGGUCGUGCCCGAAAUGGCUUUUGAUUACGAGCCACUUCUCCACACAGUGCUUGCACUAAGCGCUGCGCAUCGCAUCAUUUUGUGCCCUGAUCAGGCAAAUUCUCUACGUCCAAUUCAGCAUGCUUACAUUGACUCGUCUCUUCAACAACACCGUCCCGUUACUGCUCAUCUGGAUGGCAGUACCAGCGAGGCAGUCUGUGUAAAUGCCAUUCUACUUUCCUUCUACACCUUAUACCUACGGUCGGAACCAGCCUCUGAUUCCUAUGAGCCCCCAUUUCUGUGGCUAUCUGUUGCACGUGGAAUCAGGACGAUCUUAAAAACGGUUUAUGAUCAGCUUAUCGAAUCAGAUUCUAAAAUAAAACCCUUUUUAUUGGCCAAACCUAUGGUCUUUCAAGGUGGCUUGGACAUGUUCAAACCAUCUGUUAACCCAUUUCAAUAUAUUCUUGAAUAUGAGAGAGAGAUCGAGGAUAUCGACGAGAAGACUGAAGAGGCCUAUUCAAAAACCGUUGAGUAUCUGGGAUACAUAUACACUGCUUCACAGGCCGACGAGCCUGCGUGGGUCCAGCGAAAAAUAUUUUUUGGAUUCCCACCCAUAUCUCCUCGACGAUUUAGUGAGCUUGUAACCGAGAGACGGCCACGAGCUCUUGUGAUUUUGGCGUACUUAUUUGCGCUGGGCAAAAAAGUGGACGAUGUCUGGUGGUUUCGUGGAAUUCCUGAGCGAGAAGUACGUGGGAUCAAUGGCAUGAUCCCUGCCAAUUGGAAAUGGGCCAUGUUUUGGCCACUGAAUCUUAUCUCUGAGAAUCCUGCGAUGACACCUAGUGGGGCUACCACGCCGGGCGUUUGA